UUUCUGACCAGUUUGUCAAACUGAUUCUAAUGUUGGCAUGUUUAAAGCGUGGAUACACAUUUUUCCUACAGUACGUGAACACCGCAUGGCCUAACAAAACUGUGUUUGUUGUUCCUGAAUUGAAUCGACUCGAUUGGACGUCCGGAGGCUCCGCCCACAAACACUCGGGCAAGGUGGAGUUGAAAUAAAAUAAAAAACAUGGUGGGCCCAAAAUGACGCCGUCAAAGAACCGAAAAAACUUCUGGUAAUGGAGUUUGAAGAAAAAACACACACGGUCACUACAAUUACAACUCGUCACUGACCGGUGAAAGUUAUAAAACUAAAUAUAAUCGAUAUAUAAAAUUAAAUGAUACAAACAGCGCAACGAAUUCACGAAACUAGGGAGUUUUCACAAAACAUUCCGGGCUAGAGACGUGACAGUGUCGGCCUCGGAGGGAAGGAGAAACCGGUUGUAUUCAAAACCCGCUCGGAAAAAAAAACAAACAAAAAAAAAAAAAAACUCCGGAUCUGUGAGGAGAAAUGUUUGGAUGGAGAGGAGAGAGCUGCUGCUGCGUGGAGGGAGACGGCGAGUGAGAUGGAGGCGGGGGGGAAGGACCAUCUCUGCGGGGACUGGAGGCCGGGACCGACGGCGCAGAGCUGGCUGUCGUUCAACCCUCCCCUUCUUCCUCCACCGCGCGACGCCGAGGCUCGCGCCGACACAGGUAGAUCCAAGACCGUGUAGUCAUAAAUGAAUGGAGAAAUGGAGGUUGCGACCCAAGACCAAGUGUGGGCGCAGGACGACCUCCUAAAACUGCUGGAAGCCAUGAAAGUGGCUCUGCCGCAGAAAGACCUGACAAAAUACAAAACAUCAGAGUCCCACCUGGACUGGCAGAAGGUGGCCUUCAACUCCUACACAGCAGAGAUGUGUAAGCAGAAAUGGCAGGAAGUCUCUAAAGAGAUUCGUAAAUUCAGAACGCUGACGGAGUUGAUCUUUGACGCUCAAGACUACAUUAAAAACCCUUAUAAAGGCAAAAAACUAAAGAAGCAUCCAGACUUCCCCAAGAAGCCUUUGACUCCAUAUUUCCGCUUCUUCAUGGAAAAAAGAGCCAAAUAUGCAAAGUUGCACCCUGAGAUGAGCAACUUGGAUCUCACUAAAAUACUGUCCAAGAAGUACAGGGAGCUGCCCGACAAAAAGAAGAAAAAAUAUGUUGAUGACUUCCUGCGUGACAAGGAAUCGUUUGUACAGAGCAUGAUGAGGUUCAGAGAAGAACAUCCGGACCUGAUGGAGAGCAUGACCAAGAAAGGUUCAAACGUCCCAGAAAAGCCCAAGACGCCCCAACAGCUGUGGUACAACCAUGAAAAGAAGGCCGUCCUCAAGUCGCACCCAGAUGCCACCACCAAAGACAUUAAGGACAGUCUUGGUAAACAGUGGACACAGCUGUCUGACAAAAAGAGGCUCAAAUGGAUCGCCAAGUCCCUCGAACAGCAGAAACUGUACAAGGAAGCAAUGCGGGAAUACAUCCAGCAGCACCCCGAGUUAAACAUGACACAAGAUCUCGCGAAGUCCACCCUGACCAAGGCGGAGCGGCACCUUAAAGACAAGUCUGACGGCCGGCCCGACAAACCUCCUCCGAACGGUUAUUCUAUGUUCUGCGCGGAGCUGAUGUCGAGCAUGAAGGACGUUCCCAGCACAGAGCGCAUGGUGAUGUGCAGUCAGAGGUGGAAGCUGCUGAAGCAGAAUGAAAAGGACGCCUACCAGAAACGCUGCGAGCAGAGGAAAAGGGAGUAUGAAAUCGAUAUGAACAAAUUUCUCAGUACCAUAUCAGAAGAGGAGCAGCAGCGAGUUUUGGGUGAAGAGAAGCCGGGUUUUAAGAAGAUCAGUGGAGCCAGCAGUUCCGCCUCUAAAAAGAAAAAUGCUCAAACGAAGGCCAGUUCAGAGAAACCCAAAAGGCCCAUUUCUGCCAUGUUCAUAUUCGCGGAGGAGAAGCGUCCCAAACUGCAGCAGGAGCGGCCGGACCUCUCCGACAGUGAGCUCAUGAGAUUCUUGGCACGAAUGUGGACCGAGCUACCUGAUAAGAAAAAGGAGAAGUACAAGCGUUUAGAAAUGGUGCUAAAAGCUGAGUCGGAGAAGAAGGAGAGGGAGGAUCGAAGUCGUUUGCCGGAUCCGCCUAAGACGGCUCAGGAGAUCUGGCAGCAGAGCGUCAUCGGAGACUACCUGGCCAGGUUUAAGAGUGAUCGCCCGAAAGCACAGAAAGCGAUGGAAAUAGUCUGGAGCUCCAUGGAAAAAAAGGAGAAGAUUAUGUGGAUUAAAAAAGCAGCAGAGGACCAGAAAAGAUACGAGAGGGAUCUGUGUGAGAUGCGCUCUCCAGCUGCAAAUGUUGUAUCAAUGAAGAAGAUGAAGUUUGAAGGAGAACCCAAGAAACCACCAUCGAACGGAUAUCAGAAGUUCUCCCAGGAGAUGCUGUCCAACGGGGAGCUGAACCACCUCCCCAUGAAGGAGCGGAUGACUGAAAUCGGCAGCCGGUGGCAGAGGUGUCCGCAGAAAGAGAAGGACCGUUACAGAAAGAUCGCAGAGGAGAAGCAGAGGCAGUACAAAGUUCUGCUGGAACAGUGGCUCGCUAGCUUAUCUUCACAAGAGCGAAACGCUUACAGAGAGUACAACUCCCAAAAAAGAAGAAUCCGAGCCAAACCGGGAGCCCCUCAGGCAAAGAAAGCUGCUGUAGAGCAGGAUGAUGACGACGAUGAAGAAGAAGAGGAUGACGACGAUGACGAGCAGGAGAAGGCUUCCUCUGAAGCGGACUCAUCCAGUGAGGAGGAUGAUGAUGACGACGACGAUAAUGACGGGAAUGAUGAUGACGACGACGAUGAUGAUGACGACGAUGACGAGGUGGAGGACAAAGAAAACAAAUCUGAGGACAGCAGCAGCGAGUCGAACUCGGCAGAAUCGUCCGACUCGGAUUCAGACUGAAACUGGUCCGAAGUCGUCUUGAGACUAUGAGCUGAGCUGAGCCAAGAGUCCAGGGAGGUCCGCCGCUGUGCCAACCUGCUCCCCUCCCCCCACCGGAGGGAGCCCCCGCAUCGCUUCAUCCAUCUGACCCCGCCCACAGCGAAGACGAAGAGACGAGUCAUCGUCAAACCAAAAACAUAUUUGACAUCGGGCGAUGUCGAGUUCAUUUACACGGUAACAGUUAGGCUUCCCCUCGCGCGUUUUAUUUAAAUUUUCCAGCAGCAGGAGUUGUAAACGGCUUCACGGAGCCAAAGACCAGCACGGAGGAUCGCUUCAGGACAGGACGGGGGGCGGAGAGGAGUGUGUGCAGGACACAGGAAAAAACAGCUGCACUCUUCUGAAUGUUUUCUGUAAUAUUUCUUCCACGGGGUCGCUCCCCUUUCUGUACUCGGACACGAUGUGGAUUUUACGGUUUGGUUCCUACAGAAGUAUUUUUUCAGGAAAAACAAAAGUCAAGCCAUUCUGAACGUUUUUAAUUUGUUGUUUUUUUGUUUUUGCUUGAAGUUGUCGGAUCUCUUUUACGUCACCCCCCCCCCCUCUGUUCUGUAAAGAUGCACACGUGCACUUCUCAUGUUUGACUUCGACUCGGAUUAGACGGACACACGUCUACAGAGAACCUUAAAAAACUUUACAUGGGAAUUUAAUACUUGUGCUCGUGAGUAAACCCAUGAGGUCGGCGCAGAGAAUUAGUUUUCACGCUGCAGUUCAUGUUUACGAAACGAUCCGAGGAACGAUUUCUGAGCGGAGCGGUUCUGGUCCAGCAGUCUUAAAUCAUCCUUUUUAAUUUAAACUCAACAGAGCAGAGUCUUUAAUGCACAUUUCUUACUCGCCUUCAGUUCCGCCUGUUGUCCAAACCUGCACGUUUAUAGAGUUUUUCAGUAUUUCUGUUUUCUUGCUUGGUUUUUGUUUUGUUGGGCAUCGGAGUUCAGAUCAUCUGAACGGUUUUUAUUUUCAUCUUUAUCGUUUUAACGGCUGUAAUCCCUGUGGGGGGGGUUGACGCUUAUCCCCCCCAAAAAAGAGAAGUGAGCGCCUACAGUGAGCUUGUCUCCGAGUGUGUGUGUGCAUGCACCGUACGAUGUACAUACGAGGGCGUGUGUGUGUGUUUUGCUUUAUUGUGGACUGUUUCCGACGUUCUUUUGCAAAUCAUGAUGCGAUCACAGCGUGCAGGUCUGUGCCCGCGGGAGCUUCGUACCAAUAACAUGAAUGUAGAUAUUAUUUCUUCUUUUUUUAGACGUUUUGUUUUCCCAAAGCUCAUUGCUGUUACGCCAUUGAUGACCUGUAUCCGUACGGGCAACGGGACCUUCACAUUUUGGGUUUUCCACACCGAUGGAUCUCGUCGCAGCUUUUCGCGAUUUCGACCGUCGUUCUCUGAAACAAAACCAGCACGGGCUGCGGAAACGACGAGGAGAGGAGAGCAAACCGACCGACCGACGGGAAAACGGGAUUCCAGGAACAGAACUACAAAAGGACACGGGUGUAAAAUGUAAAUCUGUAAAUACAGGGUGGUUCUUUUUUGCAUCGAGUGUUUAUCGUUUUGUUAGUACUUUUAAUUUUGCAAACCCUCAUCUGUGAUUUCUCUGGAGGCCCGUGAGCCUUUCACUCACAGAGGAGAGUUGUUGUCGACGUCCGCCCGUUUUUCUUCUCUCCUCGUGUUGUUUUAUAGAAAUAUACUCGACCGCAGAGCUUUACAAGUUUGUACUGCUGGUCGUUUGACAGGAUUUGAUGUUUUAUAUAGCCGAGGGUGUUCUUAUGUCCUUGUAGUUCAAGUAUUUGAG